CGGAUAGUAUUUAUGUAACGUGUGCUGGAUUCUUGACUCCAGGUGUCAGCCACGGCGACAGACUUGUUGCCAGUUGCCAUCUCGUCCUCCUCCUCUUUCUUUCUCAAGCCUCAAAAAUGUUUGAACCUCUGCGGAUUCUGCACUGCCUUUGCCUUUGCGGACAUGUGGAUGAGCAACAAAGCAAGCUAAUCAGUAAUGGUGGUAGAUCUGAUGGCUCUGUAUCUCAUUCUGAUGUUGGUGACAAAGCCUUUUUCACUUUGUAAAUUGGUAGUUUUGUUUGGUUUGAGAACCAUGUUUAUUGUGAUUCAAACUUGGGUGGAGUUGGUGACAGCCUCAAUCACUUUGCAUCUGAGUAUGUUUCACAAGACAGUGAUAUGGAUAAUCGCUCUCAUAUCUCUUCCUAUUCGAGUUUUGACUGCCUUGCAGAGGGAGAGGCGGUUGCAAGAGCAUCUGCAUGAGAUGAAAAUUGUGCUGGAUAAUCUUGUAUGGGAUAGGAAGGAGCUUCAAGGCAAACUCCAGACAGCAAUUAAAGAAUGUAGAAUUUUGGAAUCAAUGCUAGCUGAAGUUGAGGAGGAAAACGACCGGGUCAUUGCUAAACUUGAAUUGCUAGAGGGUGAGUUGCAGGAUCUGAAACAAGAAAAUCUUCAGCUUAAGGAAAUUUUGGGUAAAGAUAAUUGGAGCUUUAAAGGCCAAGGUGGCGCAGACAAUGCACAAAAUGUUGGCUCUGCUGAUACUGAUGACUCUUGCACUUCCGAUAGGAGUCAGCCAUUUUAUAAAGGAAGUGAUAUCACAUUUGAUGACCUGGUUAUGAAUAAUGCAGAGUUGCUCCAUUUGUUGAAAACUGGAUGUGCAACAGAAGGUCCCAUCCACUCAUUUUCAAUUUCGAGGCGCUUGGAGAUGAACAAGGGUCUAGACCAAAGAAGGGAUGCUGCAUUUUUACAGUCUAUAUUUAGUGCAGUGUUAUCCCUUCUGAUUGGAUUAAUUAUAUGGGAGGCUCAGGACCCUUGCAUGCCUCUUGUUAUAGCUCUUUUCGUUGUUGUUGGCAUGUCAUUAAAAAGUGUGGUUCAGUUUUUCUCUACCAUAAAGAACAAACCUGCUUCUGAUGCGGUUGCUCUCUUAAGCUUCAACUGGUUCAUGCUCGGCACACUCACAUAUCCAGCACUGCCAACAGUAGCCCACAUGUUUGCUUUGCUCCGUUGACCUUGCGGUUUUUGGAUGGGACAGCAACCGAGUGUAUCAGUUCCGAUUAGCUCAUCGUCGACCUAGCCGCAGGAAAAUAUCAUGCAUAUUCAUGCAUCAAAGACUUGGAGGGUGAGUUUUUGCUUUGUAGGUAAUGCUUGUAUGGCUUGUAGAAUCUUAGGCUGUAUUUAGACUAUUGAAGAUUUUUAGUCAGUCUUAUGAACAAAAUAUAAGUUGAUUUCUAUGGCUGUGAGGACUUUUUUUUCCUUCUCUUGUUGUCUUGGGAUUUUUCAUGGAUUAUAUAAACAUUAUUUUGUUAUAUUGGAAUUCAGCAUAGGAUUAGAGAACAAGGAUAAAUUUUGCUUAA